GUCCUGCGCUGCGCUGCCGGCAGACGCGCACGCGCACCCCCGCUAUUUCAAGCCCGCACAUUUCCGCUGCGAUUCCACCACUCGCCGCCCCCCCAGCAGCCACCGGACAGAGAGCCGUAGCCGAUCGCAUCGCCGCGUAGUGGUGGCCGCGGAGCAACCGGCGAGCAAUGGAGGCGGGCGUGGGGUUGGCGCUGCAGUCGAGGGCCGCGGGGUUCGGCUCCGGCCGCCGCCGGAGCGCGACGUACGGCGGCGAGAGCGGGGCUCGGACGGUGAGCUUGCGUGCCAGUGAUCAGGUGGGGUCGCCGGCCGCCGUGCGGGCGCGCGUGGCCAAGCCCGUCGUCCCGCUCCGCGCCAAGAAAUCGUCCGGGGGAGGUCAUGAGAACUUGCAUAACUCCGUUGACGAUGCCCUCUUGUUGAAGAGAAAAUCAGAAGAGGUUCUUUUCCAGUUGAAUGGUCGGUGCAUCUACCUAGUUGGAAUGAUGGGUUCGGGGAAAAGCACGGUCGGCAAGAUCUUGGCUGAAGUUUUGGGUUAUUCAUUCUUUGACAGUGAUAAAUUGGUCGAACAAGCUGUUGGCAUGCCUUCAGUUGCUCAAAUUUUCAAGGUUCACAGUGAAGCCUUCUUCAGGGAUAAUGAGAGUAGUGUCUUGAGGGAUUUGUCCUCAAUGCGGCGAUUAGUUGUUGCUACUGGAGGUGGUGCUGUUAUCCGACCAGUUAACUGGAAAAAUAUGAAGAAAGGACUAUCUGUUUGGUUGGAUGUGCCCUUGGAGGCUCUUGCAAGGCGUAUUGCUAAAGUGGGGACUGCCUCGCGUCCUCUUCUAGAUCAACCAUCCGGCGAUCCAUACACAAUGGCUUUCUCGAAACUCAGCACGCUCGCGGAGCAAAGGGGCGACGCUUAUGCAAAUGCUGAUGUCAGAGUUUCUCUCGAAGAGAUCGCAUCGAAGCUGGGCCAUGACGACGUCUCUAAGCUGACGCCGAUUGAUAUUGCUCUGGAGUCGCUCCACAAGAUCGAGAGCUUUGUCGUCGAAGACACCGCCGUCGCCGACCCACAAACGGAAUCGCAAGCUCAAAGGAUACAUACCUUGUAGGAUAUGAAUCCUUUUUGUACCAUGUAGAGCGCGGCGCGGCCCAGCGCAGCUGAGUUAUUCGUUCGUUGUGUCGACAAGGAGAAAGCUGGAGUAUCCCUUUUCUUUGUAAGCUGUAAAAUGGCGGAAUAAUGGAGCUAAUAUGAAGAUCCUUGUGGGUUGAAAGAA